CAGGAACUCUGUUUAAGAUCCGGGUACGUUGGACGGGGCUCACGCGGCAAAAUUGAUUAUGCUCGAGCAGUCACCCAACAGCAGUAAUCCGCCGGCGCGCUGUUUAGGUACAGUGUUAACCGCCCCUAGCUCCUCUGGCAAAGCCAUCGAAAUCAGACUCAAUGCCAUCAAGCUUCGAGUCUCAGCCUUGCUCCGUGGAGAUACUUCAAUUCUUCAGCUGAAGGCAUAUUUCGCGUUUGUGUGCUGUUCCUGGCGCUUCAAAACAGCCACAUGCCCUUUUUAGGGGUGUGUGGCUUCAGCCGCACGCCUCGUGCAACACGUCCGGGGAAGCCAAUAUUUGGACUGGACAGUAUUUGAAUGCCAGCCUUCCCCAGGGCAAGUGGGCAAAAAUUCCAACUCUGAAGCGUUCUUGUCCCGUGCACAUGCCUCCUUCUAUCCAAUGGCUAAUCAGGAAGGGAAAUGUAAUUUCGAGGGUAACGAUGACAUGUAUGGGAUGGGCAUUCGCAUAGGGUACUAUCUCCAAUGGUACGGAGCCAUCCUCGCAGCCUGGAUCGCACCCGACGAGUCGCAAGGCCUCCGCAUCGCCAACUCCCUCUUCGUAACCGCAACCUUCCUCGCUCUUGUAAUUCUGACUGUUCGGAACCACAAGCCGGAAGAUUUACCAAUAGUGGAGACAUACAUCAUCCUUUUCCUCGCCUUUGGAUCCUACCUCGUGCUCGUCCCCGUCUACAUCUGGCGCAUCUUCACAGGGUGCAAUCCGCUGUGGGAUCCGACGCGGUUUCCGAGAGCAAAUCCCGGGAGGGUGUACAGCGUGUGCAAUACGCUGCUACUCGUGACGGUCUUGGUAUUUCAGUUGUGGUUCUGGGUGCAUCAAGUGCCGAAGUUAGAUGGAGAGGAAUGCACGCAGUAUGGAUUCUUCUUCUGGAAGUUCGAUCUGAACUCGAAGUCCUUCAUGGCAUUGAACAUCAUACCGUCAAUCAUCCUACUUGGGAUAUGCAUGACGACGGUUGGGACGAUUGGAUGGAAGAUCUUGGUAAGAGGAAGAAACUGGCGGGACAGUAGGAAAAAGUAUCUACCGCUGGAUAGUGUUCCUCGGAGGCGGAUAUACGUUCUCCAAGUCCUCGAUUCGGCAUCUCAGACUAUCGUCACGACCGUCAUCAUCAUCGGCGUGGAGCUCACUAUCAUAUGGAACGAGAUUGAGGGGGUACAUGACAUAUCUUCCGCGGGGCAAACGAUUCCGCUCUUCUUGGGCAUUGGAGCCGUCGCGAUGGUGUUCUACGUGCGCUUCUUCAAGAAGGAUGCAGAAGAAGUAUUAACGGACGACGCGGCGACCAAACCGAGCCUUCCGCAAUCCAGCUCGGCUCAACGCUGGGAAAUGGGAAGUGCUCAAGCUUAUUUUAACCAAGGGACGACUCAGACAAACACACCGCCGGUUCACGCAACAGCGUGGAAUGAUCUGCCCGGUGCCGCCAGAGCAGCGGCUGAAGGUGGUAAGGCCUGGUGGGGAGGGGCUCAUGGCCAUCAGGCUUGAUGACCGCCUAGGCAUGCACGUACAGGACAUUACGCGACGGCAGGGUUGAGGUGCGAGCUAGAGGAGCCCGCACACGUGCAGCCUGAUGUAGAACAUGUC